AUGACCUAUCAAAUGAAAAACAAAUCCGAGAAGAAAUUUCUCAAAGAUAAGCGUGUUGAAAAAGUAGCGCUUUCCAAUAAGCAAAAAGCUCUUAGUAAAAGAGCGAUGGAUCUUUCCACCUUAUGUGGAAUUGAUAUAGCAAUUAUAAUUUUUUCAAUUACUGCUGAACCGUUUUUAUUUGGUAAUCCCAAUGUAGAAUCGGUCGUUGAGCGAUUUUUACCAGCAAAACAACCAUUUUACAACAUGUCAAGCCGUGAGACAACACAUGAAAAGCUUGAAGUUUGUGGAAAAAAGGAUAAAAUGAAAAAGAAGGAAAAGAAGGCAACAAAUGAGGAGGAAAAAGGAAAAUCUACAUUGGAAAUUUUCAACCCAACUAAUUUGGAAAGACUCGAGAAGCUGAUGCAAGAGAUUGACGAACUCGAAAAAGAUUUGACUCAGAAAAUUGAUGAGUUACAAUUAGAGAUAGGUGCAAAAGAAUCAAAAUCUGUACUCGAAAUGAAUGUAACAAAUCCUUCAACCAAUUGGUUAAGUCUUUAA